AUGAGCACCACAAUCGAUACGUUCAUUUAUCUCAAACGGGAUAUUGAACAGUCGUUUCAACGUGUUCAAACCAUUUCGACUUCCCCGCGUUCAAAUCAACAUGAAUUGGAUCAACUUUUGAAUCACAUCGCGUGCACACUCGAUGAUCUCGACAAAGUUAAUCGAUUACUCCGUUCAUCUUCGUCGUCAACAGCAACAUCGGAAAAUCCAAUUGUAAAUAAACCUUUGUGCAAUUUAUCGGAUCUUGAGAAUGAAUGUGAUGAAGAGGAGAGUCAAUUCAUUUCACAUCCACUAUCUUCGAAAGAUCGCUCAAGAGAGAAUGAAGAUAUUGCUUUAUCUUCUGAAGAACGUGAAAACUUUAUUCACCAAAUGAAAAAUCAAUUUUCUUAUUUUAAAAAUCAAAUUCCUUCGAUGAAAAAAGAAUCGCAAAUGGAAAUCAUUCGUCUCGAUCAAGUCGCCGACGAUGAUAAUCUGAAUGAAGAUCAACUUUUACGAAAACAAGAUGAUCAACUCGACGACAUGCAUCAUUCCAUUGUCUCGUUAAAGAAUUUAACGAAAAAUAUCAAUUUCGAACUUGAAGAUCAUAUUCGCGUGUUAGAUAAUCUCGGUACCGAUAUGACAAACAGUCAAAAUCGCGUAGAAAACCUAACCAAACGAACAAAAGACUUCCUUCGAACGUCUGAUGGCGUCUGUGGUCAUAUGUGUUUGUUUUCCAUUGCUGUUAUUCUGUUUUUCCUGAUCAUUAUUUUGAUUCUUUUCUUCUAA